AAACACAUUCAGGAGCAAAAAAUUUGGUUGGAUUUGCUUGGGAGCUAUACUGAUCUGUGUAGUGCGAUAUAUACAGGUUGUACUUGUUUGUUUCAAAGAAAUCGAUCAGGAACUUAUUACGGAGGAUUACUUUGUGAAUACCUCAGGCUGUCGCAUGCUGGCCAUGAAUGCAUUUCCGAAAAUAUCACUUAAGUACCUUCGGAGAGUAGAACCCACAAAAUGCAACGGAACGCAACUAUUUCGUAGCGAAACCGUAUCGGGAAAGAACUUUCUGAUAAUAUCGAUGUCGCAGAGGGAGAUUGAGAGGAGCUACGGGGUGAAAAGCCUAUCCGAAGUUAGCUGUAAAUAUACGAAAGUUAUUCGAUAUAAUGACCACUUCAACCGAAAUACGAUUAACAGAACGAUUCGCUUGAGAGAUCAAAUGCGACUUAUUAAAGUCGCUGACGGUCCCAGAAUACUGCGAAUCUAUUGUUAUGUGCGUAACAAGUUGGUCUACCACGAUGUGCAUAUCUUUUUGCCAGCACCGGCUCUGCGAACUAAAAUCCCAGGCAGUUCAAGACCAGAUCGCUUAUCUGUUAUGAUACUGGGCAUCGAUUCCAUAUCACACAUGCACUUUAUACGCUCGAUGCCUUUGACGGCUUCCUUCAUAAGGGAGCAAUCACAUGUUGAGUUUUGGGGCUAUAAUCGAGUCGGCCUCAACUCGUUUCCCAACAUUGCUCCCCUGUUGAGUGGCCAGAGCGAAACGGAGCUGGAAGCUGGAUGUUAUCGCGAUAAGUUGUAUUUUGACAGAUGCAGGCUACUGUGGAAUCACUUCAAGGAUGCGGGCUACAAUACGAGCUUCGGCGAAGACAACAGCGCGAUUGGCACAUUCACUUAUGUGAAGCAAGGUUUCCAGCAUCCGCCCACCGAUUUCUAUUUGCGUCCCGCAAUGCUGGAGAUAAAUACCCACACCCGCUAUAGCCUCGAUAAACGCAAUUUGAUUCAUUGCAGUGCUGGUCGUCAUUUUGCUGAGAUCCAUCAUGAAUUCAUUCACAAGUUGCUGCCUCAUUUGGAGGGCGGACGACCUCACUUUUCGUUCUUCUGGGAAACGCAAGGAGUGCACGACUACUUCAAUUAUGCUCAGCUGUUGGACGAAAGCUAUCUAAAACUAUUCCAUCAACUGCAGCACAAGCAUAUUUUGGAUACAACUCUUGUCCUGUUCAAGGCCGAUCAUGGUUUACGGUUCGGUUCAUAUCGCGGCAGUUCCCAGGGCAGGCUCGAGGAAUCGCAGCCUUUUCUCAUAGCUCUGUACCCCAAAUGGCUGGAGAAGGCUUACCCGCUUGCUAUAUCGAAUUUGCGGCAUAAUGCCAAUAGUCUCGUUACAACAUACGACUUACAUGCUACUCUCAAGGAUUUGACUAACUUAAAACUGCUCCGUGAUGACAAUAUUGCAAAUCGAACGACUGUGCUUCAGGGACUGGGACCAAAGAUGCCUCGAGGCAUUAGCCUCUUUCUGCCCAUACCAGAUGAGAGAGAUUGUGAUUUAGCCAGCAUUCCAGCUCACUUUUGUCUAUGUCGCAACUUGCAUAAGAUACCAUCGACUGAUGGUAGAUCUCGUCGGGCUGCUCACUUCGUCGUGGAGAGUAUCAACCUACUGAUAAGGACGCAUCCACUCUGCCAGAGAUUGCAGUUAAGGGAGGUCCAAGAAGCGUUCAUUCUUAAUCGGCUCGGUGAAGAAAAGAAGUUUGAGAUCAUGGUUCGAUUGCAGACGUAUCCGGGCGAAGGACAAUUUGAGGGAACUACGCGAUUUACGUCGGAUUCACUGGCAUUAAAUGGAGCUAUAACCCGUAUUAAUCGAUACGGCAACCAAUCAUAUUGUGUGCACAAUUCUCACAUCGAAAUGUACUGCUAUUGCUUAUAAAGAUUUCUAUACCCACUUUGGCUUA